UCAAAUCAUUUCCUGGCGUACUCCUCAGUCUGUGCAAAAGGGUUAGAAAAUCUUGAAAGAGAGAGAGGGAGAGAGAGCGUGUGUCUACGUGUAGAGAGAGAGAGAGCUCAGAGAGAUCAGGAAUCCAGGUCAUUCGUCAUGUUUCCCCCUAACAAUCAGCUUUCGGUCCAUACAAAGGCUUUAACUAUUCAAGAUCCAUCAGCACUGAAGCAUGUAGGUCAGAAUGAUUCUGGUCUAACUGCAAGGGAUGAAGGGCAAAAUGGACCAAGCAGUCAGGGAGAAACAGUUAUAUAUACUACUAAGAAGCACCUUGACUAUAUAGACUUACUUGGUCAAAAAAUAAAAGAGCAUGAAGAUAAUAUCAAAAUUAUGAAGUCUCAGAAAAACAGCUUGGACGACUCCAUUCUUGAUAUGCAAGUUAGUCUUGGGAAAUACCAUUCUUCAAGUGCCCCUAUGAUCAACGAUGAGGAUAAUAGCCACGUGGAAAGUGAGGAGGAAACAGCAGAACACAUAAUAAGGCAUGAAAAAUCUGCAGCUGGCAUUUUGUGCCAACUGAAAACUUGUCAUGGCAGUGGUUCUUCUCAGCUUCUGUUGACCAAGGAUGUGUUAGGUGUUGUUGCGACACUUGGGAAAGUAGAUGAUGACAACCUCAGCAGGCUUCUCUCGGAGUACUUGGGGAUACAAACCAUGUUGGCAGUGGUCUGUAAGACUUAUGAUGGUGUUAAAGCUCUGGAAACAUAUGAAAAAGAUGGUUCUAUAAAUAAAAGUACUGGUCUUCAUGGGCUUGGAACUUCCAUAGGGAGACAUUUGGAUGGCCGCUUUCUUGUCAUCUGUCUCGAAGAGUUACGGCCGUAUGUUGGUGAGUUUGUUACUAAUGACCCACAAAGGAGGCUUGAUCUUUUGAAGCCAAGAUUGCUCGGUGGGGAAUCUCCACCUGGCUUUCUUGGGUUUGCUGUGAAUAUGAUUAAUAUUGAUAGUGCCAAUUUACAUCGUCUCACAGCCAAUGGGCUGGGCCUUAGGGAGACUCUUUUUUAUAAUCUCUUUUCUCGCCUUCAAGUCUACAGAACGAGGGAAGACAUGUUACAGGCUCUUCCUUAUAUAAGGGAUGGAGCCCUAUCUCUAGAUGGUGGGAUGGUAAAGACUACUGGUGUGUUUUCUCUGGGCAAUCGGGAAGACAUUGAUGUGAAAUUCCCUAAAAGUUGCGGGACAUCAAAUCUACCUUUGAACUAUUCUGAAACAGAAAAGCGAAUAAAGGAGAUGAAAUGGAAAAAAGAAAGAAUACUGGAAGAUAUGCAGAGAGAACAAUCAUUAUUGGACCAUGAAAAGUUAAUUUUUGAUUUAAAAAAACAGGAGUAUGUUAAGUUCCUGGCAGAAAGCUCAUCAUAUGCGACGCAGCGUCAGACUCAGGCAGGGCAAGACAGAUUGACCCCGAGAUGAUAUUUUUGUGGAAGAACCAAGUACAUUAUGAAAAAUAUGCAAGCUUUUAGCAUAUUGUUCGUCGACUUGUACUUCCAACUUUUGCUGGAACCCUUAAGUGCACCUUGUUGGCAAGACAAGUAAUAUAUGUUCUUAGGUUCAAUUGGAGUAGUUGUUUCUUCGAAUUCUGGUUCUGCAGAAGGCCGGAUUAGCUCAAGCAUCAGGUACUUGUAGGUAAAUUCUCUUGAUUGAUUGUCCAUGGAAGAAAGAUUUCUAACUUUUGGUCAUUUGUACAGCAGAGGCUAUUAGUAAUUUAGUAUUCAUCAUUUUCUGAUGCUUGAACUCUGUAAUUGUAUGCCUCUCUUAACUAUGAAUGCAUUUUCACCUAACUACCUAGGUUGCAUAUGGAAAUUUCUCACUUGUAUUUUAAGCUUUGAGAAAAAAAUGCACACGGCAAAUUACAUUGACGUGGUUUGCCCCUGUUGUGGUCCUUAGUUUGACGCA